AUGUCCAACACUAUAUUCAACCUUUCAAAUGUGCAGAAUGCUUUAGUCAACUCACCUACAGAAGGAAUAAAAAUGCUUCCUUUGGAUGUUGUAGUAAAAUGGAAUAAAUGUAGAAAACUUCGUGCAAGAGAAUUGAUGUAUGGAGAGACAAAAAAAUGUCACCGAGCAGGAUUUUAUAUAUCAGACAGAAAUGUUCGUCUUGCUCAGAAAGACACUAAGCUUUGUUAUUGCGAAGCCACUAUUUUCAUCAAGCAAUACGUCAACAACCCUGAAGUAGUUUUAAUUUGUAUGACCAACGAUCAUACCAACCAUGUUCCUGGCGACGCUUCUGAAAUUAGAACAUUGCCUUUACCUUCUGAGGCCAUCAAAAUUAUUGAAGAUCAGUUAAAAGGGGGCAGCACUUGUAGAAAUACUAGAAUUUCAGUUUUGAAACAAAUUGAAGAGUGGGGCGUAGGCAUUAGAAAGCCCAAUUAUGAAGACAUCUAUAACAGAAUGAGAAAGAUGAAGAAUUUACUGUAUAAGUUUCACCCUGAUGAAAAUAAGUCUCUGGAUAUUUGGAUGCGUGAGAAGUUACCAUCACAGAACUACUGUAUCUUUACUGGCGAUCUUUCUGCAUACAGCAACAAUGCACAGCAUUUUGCGUUUGGAUUUCAAUCACCAUCUCAAAUGAUGCUUAUGAGAAUUUCCCAGUCGUUUUGUCUUGAUGCAACACACAACAUCUCUGCACGCAACAUUGAAAUAUUAUACUCGCUUGUUAUUCGUCAUCCUGAUACUGGAAAAGGGUCUCCUGUUGCAUACAUGAUUACAAACGAUCAUAGUGUUGGCCCCAUUAAUCAAUGGCUUGUACAUCUUCGCGAGAAAAGCUGUUUCACUCCCUUAUAUAUUACCAUCGAUUGUAGUAUUGCUGAAGUUAAUGCAAUUACAGCAGCAUUGCCACAGACCAUCAUCCAUUUCUGCGAGUUUCAUGUUUUGCGUGCCUGGCAGCAUAAUUUAGACAGCAAAGUAAAGCUUGAUGCUUCAUACACAUCAGAACAACUUGGCAAAUACAAGUAUGAGCUCAAGGCCGAUCUCAAAAAUAUACUUAUUGAAUCAGAUGAGGAUGAAUUUUUGAGAAAAAUCCAGGAGUUUAGGCUUCGUGUACAAAGUCAGCAACAAUUCCUGGCUUAUUUCGAACGUAAAUGGAUUGGAACAGAAGAAUUGUUGAGAAGAUGGGGAAGGCCAUAUGUUGCAAAUGACCACCAAAGAUAUUUGACAAACAAUUACAUCGAAUCGUGGCACAACCAAUUGAAAACAAUAUACUUUGGCCGUACUCGCAUAAGACGAUUGGACCGUCUUGUCUUUAUUUUGACAAACGAUGUGGAGUUCUUUUACGACGAAGAAGUGGAACGAAUCCACAUACAAAAUGGACGAAUGGGUCCGAUUGAAAAUGAACUUGCUCGACACUCUUUUUCUGCCAAUACCAUACAAGAUGACAUGCUCCCUUUCAUGAUCAUUAAUCCUCUUAAUGAGAUUGGCAAUAGCAUGGAAGACUCUAACGGCAAGUGGACAGUAAAGUCAUUUACAGGUGAAGCACAAUGGUAUCAGGUUAAUGUAUCAAACAAUUUGAUACAAAAUUGCACUUGUCCCAAUUUUGCUUCACGUCAAAUUCCCUGUAAACACGCACAUCUCCUAAAGAGAUUUAUUGGUCUAGACUUUGCGUAUACAGUUCAAAGGGAAAACAACCACCUCCAACUGCAAAGAUCGCUUGCAUCCGAGCAUGAAGUGGCAGUUGUUAAUGAGGAAGUUGAAAAUGAAACAAACACAGUUGUUGUAAGUGGUAGAAACAAUUCUGUUUGGUUGCAAAGAAUCAUGGCCCAGAAUACAACACUUCAUCAUCAAAGAGAAGACUUAGAGCAGUUGAUGGAUGUUCCAGGAAUUGAUGAAGCCGAAUUACAAGUGAUUAGUGGUUUACUUGGGGAAGCAAUGAAUCGUAUAGACACUCUUAGAAAUGUAAAUUUUUCCCGCUUUAGAAAUCUUAAUACACAAAGAUAA